UAGGAAGCGGGGCGAGGUCCUUAGCGCAGGAAAGCCCCGGGCGGCGCAUGGAGCCUGAACGCGCAGGUUCUGGCUGUACUUCUAGAAGCUGAGGAACAUUCUUGGAGCUCAGAAGCAGAGGAACCUGGCUUCUAAUUUUGGAUCUGCCUGCUUGCUGGUUCUGGGGCCUGCUGGACAAGUUCCAGUAACCUAGGACUCAGGGUUUGCACUUGCUUUUCUUCUGAAGCUGCUGGAGAGAGAGCCCAGGAUCUUCUGCAAGUGGGCCACUGAGCCGCCUUCCAGCCUCUUCCUGGAUAGCCCAGGCACCUUUGCGUCUCCAAUGGGGUGGCUUUGCACCAAGUUCCUGGCCUCUGUGAGCUGUCUGAUUUUGCUGUGGGUGGCUGGCUCUGGGAGCAUCAAGGUCCUGGGUGAGCCCACCUGCUUCUCUGACUACAUCCGCACUGCUACGUGUGAGUGGCCGCUGGAUAGUACUGUGAACUGCAGUUCUCAGCUCCGCCUGGACUACAGGCUGGACUUCCUUUUCCCUGUAAACCUCACAUGCAUCCCCAAGAACAGCGCCAGCACCAUGUGUGUGUGCCACAUGGACAUAGAUGAGCCUGUCCAAGAAGACACAUACCAGAUGGAACUGUGGGCUGAGCAGCGACAGCUGUGGCAUGGCUCCUUCCGGCCCAGUAACAAUGUGAAGCCCCCGGCUCCAGGCAACCUCACACUCCACACCAAUGUCUCCGAUGCAUGGCUGCUGACAUGGAGUAACCCGUACCCACCGAACAUCUUCCUGCACAAAGACCUGUUCUACAUGGUCAACAUCUCCAGAGAGGAUAACCCCGCAGAAUUCAUAGUCUAUAACGUGACCUACAUGGAUCCCAGGCUGAGCUUCCCGAUCAACAUCCUGAAGUCAGGGAUGCACUAUAGGGCACGUGUGAGGGUCAUGGUCCAGUACUUCCAUAGUACCUGGAGUGAGUGGAGUCCCAGCAUCACUUGGUACAACCACUUCCAGCCGCCCCUGGUACAGCGCCUCCCACUGGGGGUCAGCAUCUCCUGCCUCUGCAUCCUGUUGUUUUGCCUGUCCUGUUACUUCGGCAUUAUCAAGAUUAAGAAGAUAUGGUGGGACCAGAUUCCCACCCCAGCACGCAGUCCCUUAGUGGCCAUCAUCAUUCAGGACACGCAGGUACCCCUCUGGGAAAAGCAGACCCGAAGCCAGGAGUCAACCAAGUGCCCGCACUGGAAGACUUGUCUAUCCAAGCUGCUGCCCUGCUUGCUGGAGCACAGAGUGAAGGAGACAGAAUCCCCGAAGGCUACCCAAACCAAGCCUCUCCAGAGUCCUGGAAAGGCAGGCUGGUGUCCUGUGGAGGUCAGCAGGACUGUCCUUUGGCCAGAGAACGUUAGUGUCAGUGUGGUGCGCUAUAUGGAGAUGUUUGAGGCCCCAGUACAGAGUGUGGAGGAGGAAGAAGAUGAGAUGGUCAAAGGGGACCUGAGCAUGUCACCUGAGAACAGCGGAGGCGGCUUUCAGGAGAGUCAGGCAGACAUCAUGGCCCGGCUCACUGAGAACCUAUUUUCAGACUUGUUGGAGGCUGAGAAUGGGGGCAUUGACCAGUCAGGCUUGGCAGAGUCAGGCUCCCCUCUGCCUUCAGAAAAUGGGCAAGCUUCUAUGUCCAGGGCCUGCUUCCCCAUGGGGCCCAAUGAGCCCACAUGCCAGAUUACAGGGCAGCCUUCACACCCAGGCCCUCCUUCAGGCAGCCCAGCCCAGAGUGCAACUAACCUGGCCUGCACACAGGUCCCACUUGUCCUUGCAGACAAUCCUGCCUACCGGAGUUUUAGUGACUUCAGCAGCUCGGCCCCAAAUCCUGGAGAGCUGGCUUCAGAGCUGCCGCAGGCUGGACAUCCAGAAGAAGGGGACCCUCCAAGCCCGGUUGACCCCCAUUCUUCAGGGCCAUCAAUGCAGCAAGUAGAAAGCUGGGAGCAGAUCCUUCACAUGAGUGUCCUACAACACGGGACAGCUGGCUCCACCCCAGCCCCUACCAGUGGCUAUCAGGAGUUUCUGCAGGCAGUGAAGCAGGGUGCUGCCCAGGACCCUGGGGUGCCUGGUGUCAGGCCUUCUGGAGACACUGGUUACAAGGCUUUCUCGAGCCUUCUCAGCAGCAAUGGUGUCUGCACAGACACAACAACAGCAGAGACUGACAGUGGACAUGGGGGCUACAAGCCCUUCCAGAACCCUAUUCCUAACCAGUCCCCUAGCUCCAUGCCCUUAUUCACCUUCGGACUGGACAUGGAGCUGCCACCCAGUCCUCUGAACUCAGCUCCACCCAACAGCACCCCAGAAUGCCUUGGUCUGGAGCUGGGGCUCAAAGGAGGUGACUGGCUGAAGGCCCCUCCUCCUGCGGAUCAGGUGCCUAAGCCCUUUGGGGAUGACCUGGGCCUUGGCAUUGUGUACUCGUCCCUCACCUGCCACUUGUGUGGCCGCCUGAAGCAACACCACAGCCAGGAGGAAAGUGGCCAGAGCCACAUUGUUGCGAGCCCUGGCUGUGGCUGCUAUGAUGACAGAUCACCAUCCCUGGGGAGCCUCUUGGGGGCCUUGGAAAGCUGUCCUGGGGAAAUGCCACCAGAGGCCAACCUCACUUCAGCACCCAAGACAUCCUCCAACUUGUCAGGGGAGGGCAAGGGCCCUGGUCACUCUCCUGUUCCCAGCCAGACUACUGAGGUGCCUGUGGGCACCCUGGGCGUUGCUGUUUCUUAGGUGGGUGUGUGCGUGUGCUGCUGUUGCUGAGGUCUGUGUUGACGGUUCCUCCGAGCCAGGGAAGUGCUUCCUGGGAGACAGCCCAGCUGGCAGGUUUCCCGGAAAUCCAGAGAAUGGUGAAUUGAAGAUGUGAACUUGGCCUGACCCUGGAAGCUCAGAGCCUGGCUGUCUCCCCUACCACUGGCCUGGGCUCUCCUCCCUCACAAGGGAUUCAGAGUCUCACUGUGCUUUGUCCUGCGGCAGUGCUGACAUUCGUGAGCCCUGGGCUCUCCUAGCUGGCACUGCCCUACCUGCUCAGGCCCAUUUUGUCCACCAAAUAGACCUGUCACCCAAGGCUUGCAGCAGUCCUGGCAUAGAUGCUGGACUCUCCCAGCUGGAAGCUGGGCCUAGAAACCCACAGCUUGCCUGACAGUGGCUUGGGAGGCCCUAAAAAUUGGUGGAAAUUUUAAGUUGAGGGAGGGCAAAUAUUGCCCCAAGGAAGCCAUUCAUUGAACAGCCAGGACUGGGACUAGAGGCAGAGCCUCUUGUCCCAGCUUCACUCAGUUGUGGAAAGCAACAAGGACACAAACUUGAUUGCCCAAAGUCACUGCCAGUUACCCACAUAUGACCAGAAGCCAGGGCUCCUGAGAUGUGGAAGUGGAGAUCCCGCUAAACAAACACAGCUGCCGGGUGGCAGGUCCCAGUGGACACCUCCGCUGGCAGCCAAGGCAAGACCACAAGGGAACUGUGGGGCUGGUUAUGGUUGGUGGCCAGGUGGUAGGGAUGGCAGAUGGCAGACUGCAGUCUGGUUGCAUUCAAGAAGACGGGACCAGGCUCAGCACUGUCUGCUCACGUCCCCACCAUUGUGACACCUAGUCUGUUUGCAAGGAGGACAGGACAGGUCACGUGGAGCUUUAUGUCAAUAAAGACUCUUUAUCUUGU